UUUUUUUUUUUUUUUUUUUGACCGGAGAAAAAUUGGAGACAGAGUGGUGCUGCUGUCUCUCGUCUCUCCCCAAAGUAGAGAGACAAUAAAUAAUCAAAUAAUCAUUGUUCUGCUCACCAACUCUUACUUUCUCUUUGAUCUAUAAUGGCCUAAUCUGCGUUUAAUAUCAGAUCUCUCUUUAAUUACAAGUUACUUUGAUUGAUGAUCAUCAGAUCUGUUGCAGCAGUUGACUCAUUUUAGGAGAAGGAAUCCAAUUCUCGAAUGGCCUCCGUGAAAAGUGGCCGGUCGAGAGGAACUCCGGUCAAGGAAAAUGGUACCAAACUUGAAGAAGGUCUUAUGGUCUUCAAGUCCGAUAAGUUCGACGCCGAUUCUUAUGUUCAGUCAAAAUGCUCUCUCAACGACAAGGAAAUAAGGCAAUUAUGUUCAUAUCUUGUGGAUUUGAAGAAAGCUUCUGCUGAAGAAAUGCGGAAGAGUGUGUAUGCAAAUUAUGCAGCUUUCAUUCGAACUUCAAAAGAGAUAUCAGACUUGGAGGGGGAGCUUUCAUCCAUCAGAAAUCUGCUAUCUACUCAGGCUACUUUAAUUCAUGGUUUAGCAGAGGGAGUUCAUAUUGAUUCUACACCAACAAAAGCUUCAGAAGCCUCUGUGGUAAAUGGCUUACCAACUGCCGAAGAUCAAGAACCUUCUGACCUAGAGAAGUGGUCAGUUGAAUUUCCUGAUGUCCUUGAUGUUCUGUUAGCUGAGAGGAGAGUGGAUGAAGCUUUAGCAGCCCUUGAUGAAGGAGAGCAUGUGGCAUCUGAAGCAAAAGAAACAAAAUUGCUGAGUCCUGAUGUACUUGUGUCAUUACAGACUGCUCUUCUUGAGCGCCGGCAAAAGUUAGCUGAUCAGCUUGCUGAAGCUGCUUGCCAGCCGUCUACCCGUGGUAGUGAACUUCGUGCAGCUAUAUCAGCUCUUAAAAAGCUUGGGGAUGGUCCUCGUGCUCAUAAUUUACUCCUCAAUGCACAUUACCAGAGAUAUCAGUAUAACAUGCAAAGUCUUCGUCCAUCAAGCACCUCGUAUGGAGGAGCAUAUACUGCUGCACUCUCACAGAUAGUAUUCUCUGCUAUAGCACAAGCUGCUAAUGAUUCACUGGCUAUUUUUGGCAAGGAACCUGCUUAUACUUCUGAGCUUGUAAUGUGGGCUACAAAGCAAACAGAGGCCUUUGCAGUUCUUGUUAAAAGACAUGCAUUAGCUUCCUCAGCAGCUGCUGGAGGCUUAAGAGCUGCUGCAGAGUGUGUUCAAAUAGCUUUGGGUCAUUGCUCUUUGUUGGAAGUCCGUGGAUUGGCACUUUGUCCUGUGCUCAUAAAGCUCUUUAGGCCGAGUGUUGAACAGGCACUAGAUGCAAAUCUAAAGCGAAUUGAAGAGAGCACAGCUGCUUUGGCUGCUGCUGACGAUUGGAUACUCACUUACCCUCCAACAGGUACUCGACAGUCUGGCAGAUCUUCUGUUGCGUCUCUUGGUAAUACAGCUGUAUUUCAACAUAAACUUACAAGCAGCGCUCAUCGGUUCAAUUUGAUGGUCCAGGAUUUCUUUGAGGAUGUUGGACCACUUUUAAGCAUGCAGUUGGGAAGUCAAUCAUUGGAGGGUUUGUUUCAAGUAUUUAACUCAUAUGUGAACAUGCUGAUAAAAGCAUUGCCAGGUUCAAUGGAAGAAGAAGGAAACUUUGAGGGUUCAGGAAAUAAAAUUGUACGAAUGGCUGAGACUGAAGCCCAGCAGAUAGCCUUGCUAGCCAAUGCAUCAUUAUUGGCUGAUGAACUACUCCCGCGGGCAGCCAUGAAGGUAUCCCCUGUUCAUCAAGCAAAUAGUAAGGAUGAUCUCCGUAGGAGACCUCUAGACAGGCAAAAUCGUCAUCCUGAACAACGAGAAUGGAGGAAGCGGCUUGUGAGUUCAGUUGAUAGAUUAAAAGAUAGUUUUUGUCGACAGCAUGCCCUUGAUCUCAUUUUUACGGAAGAGGGUGAUAGUCAUCUUACUGCAGAAAUGUACAUAAACAUGGAUGGAAAUAUGGAUGAGAUGGAAUGGUUUCCAUCCCCAAUAUUCCAGGAACUUUUUAUAAAACUGAACCGAAUGGCUAGCAUAGCAGCGGAUAUGUUUGUAGGAAGGGAAAGAUUUGCUACAUUGCUAUUGAUGAGGCUCACAGAAACUGUUAUACUAUGGCUUUCGGAAGAUCAAAGCUUUUGGGAUGAUAUUGAAGAAGGUCCAAGGCCAUUGGGUCCUCUUGGUCUGCAACAAUUUUAUUUGGACAUGAAGUUUGUGAUGUGCUUUGCUUCACAAGGACGCUACUUGUCACGGAAUUUGAUUCGGGUAGUCAAUGAGAUAAUUUCUAAAGCUGUUGCAGCAUUUUCUGCUACAGGAAUGGACCCAGACAGUGUAUUGCCAGAGGAUGACUGGUUUACUGAGAUUUGUCAAGAAGCAUUGGAAAGAUUAAGUGGAAAACCAAAAGCUAUUGAUGGGGACCGUGAACUCAACAGCCCAACAGCCUCUGUUUCUGCACAAUCCAUUUCAUCUGUCAGAUCUCAUGGGAGUUCCUAAGACAAAGUUCUAAACCCUUGUGUAUAUUUGGCUCGUUGAAUAUAUUCCUUGAAGGAUUUGUAAGCACUAAGCAGAUUAGCAUAUGGUUUGAUCUCAUUUUUUUCAUCUUCUCAAUUUUUGUGAAGUCUGGGAAUCUCUUCAUGGUUGAGUUCAGUUUGAGUCUGUAAAUGCUGAAUAUUUUAUUCGAUCCUGAAUUCGAUUAUGUAUCUAUUCUUUGACUAAGCUAUUCUUUCAAGUUCAAUGCACCUGAUACUCUGAUUUUUAGUUGAA